AUGGCCACCGUUAUUACCAUUCAGCCUUCAACGACGGCUAGCCCAGCUGCCUCGCCCUAUACCCAAAGCCACCAUUCCCCGGACCUACGCCGCAGACCCCAAUCGAUCUCCACACCUGCCCUUUCCCCAUCGCCCAUCAAUUCGUCCCUACCCCGUGUCCGGGAUGGAGCCAGCUGUGACGCCUGCCUCCGUAGAAAGAGUCGUUGCGCUAUGAACGACAUGGUCAACAAAUGCUAUUCGUGCGACUUUCAUCGCCAGGAUUGCACUUUUACCUUAACGGCCGGGGACGGCCCCACUAAGAAAAGAAAGCUAUCCGAGUCGGCUCGGGACGAUUCUGCCAAACGGCCUUCUACUGUCCAGUCUAUUUCCACUGAAGAAGUUGCUCGCCCCGGCCAUUGUCACACCAUGAUUCGCCCAGGCUUCUUCAACCAGUCGACCCAACAUAUUGGCAUGACCACAGAAUUGGAACCCGCACUAUUGGAGUUCUUGCCGCUGGAUGAAUAUGACGAAUUCUCAGUCUCCACCUCUCGCAUUCGGAGGUGCGCGGACGACCGCACUUUUAUGCGUGUCGUUAAUACCGUUCCCGUUGGUGACUCGCAGGCCGUGUCACUAGAUGCCAUUGAGAGCCUGGUUGCUCCCUAUGGAUCCACCCUGAUCGAGAAGUUUUUCGAGCACGUGCACCCGUCUUUUCCGAUUUUGAUGGAGGAUGCUUUCCGUCAGUCAUAUCGCGAGCGUCGUCAACUAUCGCCAUUGCUAUUGGCGGCAGUGUACGUAUUGACAUUGAAGUUUGUGGAUGUCGGUGCCUCCUCGCAGAGACGACCGGAUUCUGCUCGAUUGGAGAGUGCAGCGUUGAAAUUGCUACUCGAUUCAUUGCCCUUCCCCAGUAUCUCGACGAUUCAAGCGGGUCUGUUGUUAACACAGAAGUCGACACUGGCCACUUCCUCGCUGAACGGCCAGUUGGUGACAGCUGGGUUCGAGCUGGGUCUGCACCAAGACUGCACGGCUUGGCGAAUGAAGACAUGGGAAAAGGGUCUGCGCAAACGUCUUGCCUGGGCCCUAUACAUGCAAGACAAGUGGUCCGCACUCGUGCACGGCCGCCCCUCACACAUUUUCGCGUUCAACUGGACUGUCAAGGAUCUUGUGGAGCAGGACUUCUCAGAUGCCUUCCUGUCUGGUACCCACUCCGCACACGACGAAGCCGCAGUCGGACAUGGACCCCUUCUUUUCUGCCAUAUGGUGGCCCUGACGACCAUCCUCUCCGACAUCCUAGACCGUUUCUAUACCCUACAAGCAGCGGAAGACUUCCAUGCCGCAGGAAACCAGCGCACGCGAAUUAUCCUGGAAAAAGCCAAACCAGCCCAAAUCCGACUGAAAGACUGGUUCUCUUCACUCCCAGCGGCACUGAAAAUGGAAUCUGGCAGCGGUGAAUUAGUCGAAACAAUCACAGACGAACACGCCCGAAACGGCGCCCUCCACCUCGCAUACUUCGCCACUGAAAUCACCCUCCACCGCUGCAUCGUUCGUUCCCUCGCCACAGACGGAACGGAUUCCUACCUCGCACACAUCUGUCGCUCGGCAGCAAAGACCCGACUUAUCUCGGCAAUGGAUUUCGUUAACCGACUGCGUCCCGCCCAUCUACGCUCUUUCUGGCCUGCAUCAGCACGUACGAACUUCUCCCUUAUCGGUUCCUUCGGCAUGUUGCUCCGAAUCACCGCGCCAACAACCGAGGAAUCGGAGUUCUACCGCGUCCGGUUAUGCGAGUACAGAUGGACGCUAAGCGUCAGCCACAAGAACGCCGAGUUCAUGGGCUUCGCAUUAGAGAGUUUGGACAACGCUACUGCGCUCGAUAAGCACGUACCUGCGAAACCGACUAUCGAUGAGCUUAUGGCUUCCAGUAAGCAGACGAGAUUGCCGCCCAUGCAUGCUGCUACCUAUGAUGAGGCUAUGGGUGAUCCAGACGGAAUUCCUGGUGGAACGGGUGCUUCUUCGUCGGUUAUAUCUGGCUUGGCUUCUCCUGCUACUUCUGUCAGUGAUAUGGAUGAGAACGAAACUUCUAUGAUGUGA